UUUUUACUUUCAUUUCUCAGUCUUUUCUCUUCAUUUUUUGUAUACUAAAGCUCCAUGGAACUACCAAGAAUAGCUGCCAACUCUGGUAGUUUGAGAACUCGAUAUAUCAUCGAGACAAAGAACCUUUCUUACAAGCUAUGCGGUCAAAUCGAUGAAUUAAACUGGCUUCUCUGGAAGAAGACGGCGGAUGAUAACGCGUACAUUUUGAGGAAAGUGAAUUGUGAGGCACGACCUGGGGAGAUAAUGGCAAUUGCUGGUCCAAGUGGGGCAGGAAAGAGCACACUGUUGGAGAUUCUUGCUGGUAUAAUUCCACCUAGCAGAGUUUCUGGUGAAGUUCUUGUAAAUGGGCAGCCGAUGAAUGCCAGAUGCUUUCGAAGGUUAUCGGGGUACGUAGCACAAGAUGAAGCGUUUUUCCCACUUCUAACAGUCAAAGAAACGCUCAUGUACAGUGCUCGCCUCAGGUUGCCAGGCAGUUUCCAUACAGCUGCAGCUAUAGUUCAAGAAUUAUUGAAGCAACUUGGAUUGGAGCACGUUGCCAAUGUGAGAAUUGGCAGUGAAUCAAACCGAGGAAUUUCAGGUGGUGAGAAACGUAGAGUUUCUGUAGGCGUAGAUCUUGUUCAUGAUCCGGGUGUUCUUCUAAUUGAUGAACCAACAUCUGGAUUGGAUUCAGCAUCAGCUCUUCAUAUAAUUCUCUUGCUCAAAUCUAUGGCUAUUAAGCAAGCUAAAACAAUCGUUUUGACCAUCCAUCAACCUGGUUUCCGCAUUCUUGAGCUGUUUGAUAAGAUUCUGUUGUUAUCAAAUGGAACUGUUCAUCAUCAUGGUUCCUUGCAUCUCCUCAAACAGCGGCUUAGAUUUGCUGGUCAUUUCAUUCCUAGGCAUGUUAAUGUGCUUGAGUUCGCUAUCGAGAUGACAGAGUCCCUGGCCAUGGAAGAUAGUGAAGCAAGAGAAACAGAAAAUAGUGAUGUAGCACAAGAUGAAGAGCUUACCAGAAGGAAUAACCGAUACAGCAAUAUUGAAGAAACUAUUUACGCCAAUGGUCGAUUCAAGGAGGUUUUAAUACUGGGUCAGAGAUUCUCCCAUAUCAUUUGCAGAACCAACCAGCUCUUUGCUGCAAGAAUACUACAAGCAGUGCUUGGUGCGGUUGUUCUUGGAACUUUAUUCAUGAACGUAAUGAACGAUUCAAAGAGACAUAAACUUCAGACUCAAAUUGGGUUCUUUGUCUUCAGCCUCACCUUCUUGUUGUCAUCCACAGCAGAAGGGCAGCCCAUUUUCUUGCAAGAAAGAAGAAUUCUAAAGAGAGAAACCUCAAAAGGAGCUUAUAGAGUUUCUUCUUAUGUUGUAUCAAACACUCUAGUUUUCCUUCCGUUCCUUUUAGUUGUCGCUAUACUCUACAGCACCCCAGUAUACUGGCUGGUUGGAUUGAGAAGGACAACGGAUGGGUUUCUCUACUUUUUAUUGGUGGCAUGGAUGGUUGUUUUGAUGUCAAAUUCAUUUGUUGCAUGUUUUAGUGCUCUUGUGCCAAAUUUCAUCAUGGGGACCUCUCUGAUUGCUGGCCUAGUGGGGUCGUUUUUCCUUUUCUCUGGGUAUUUCAUACCGAAGGACGACAUGCCCAAGUAUUGGAUCUUCAUGCAUUAUUUGAGCUUGUUUAAGUACCCUUUUGAGUGUUUUAUGAUAAAUGAAUAUGGAGGAGAGGAGGGUAAGAGGAAGUGCUUGAAGAAUAUAGAAGGAUCCUGCUAUCUGUACGGGGAGGAGUUUCUGAAGCAACAAGGUGUUGAAGAAUCAAAUAAAUGGAGUAAUUUAGCAGUAAUGACAGGUUUCAUUCUUGGAUACAGACUUCUUUGCUUUCUAAUUCUGCUGUGCAGAUCAUACAGAACAAGAAUUUAA